GCUCAGUCGUGUCGCUCGGUGUGAACACCUCCAAACCCUUCGUCAUUGACGGACACAGCUGCUGUCGUUUGUUGGUUGCUUCGUGUGUUUGGCGAAGCGUUUUUUUGCUUAUUAUGUGAUAGGUGCCCGGACGCGUCUUACUCUAUACAUACAUUGCGUGCAUCCACUCCCUCCGUCCUUCAAUGAAUUACUCUACCACGGUUGCUUUGUCGCUGCUGCCGCUGAUGCCGAAGACAGAGAGAAAAAAUCUCUCUUCCUCAAAAUAAUACUUCUCAUAACGUGGCGCGAUGCACGUUUGCUUCUACAUCGGCCUCUUCGUUGCUUUUGUGGUUCUCCCUUUGCUAUCCUUUCUACGCAAUGGUGCGGUUCUGCGUGGCGGUGCGGUGUCCGCCACGCACGGCGAGCGCAAAGGAGAGGAAGACGCCUCAGUCAUCGCGCUACAAGAUGCAAAGCGGCCGCCUUUAUUGCGCGUCGUGAAUCCUCUGACGGAGCUGGAAAGCCCAGAGUUGCAGAGCACGCAGGGCGACAGCGGCGGCGUCUCGUUGGCAGAGGCACUGUCGCCGCACAGUCAGAGCAGUCGAGUGUUUUUGCAGGCGCGCCGCAGCGCUCUGUUGCGGAGGCGUAACGUGAAGCUCAUUCAGCAGCGCGGCGGCGACGCGGCGGAGGUGGCAGCGGCGGAGCGGGAGGGCGUGACGGCGUCGACGGGUUCAGAUGUCGCCUCUGCGUGGGACCCGAAGCAGCUCGGCGCGGAUGACAGCAUUCGACUCGUUUUUCUCUUCACCUUUGCGCUUCCUUUAUUCGUUUCGACGUGCUGGAAGCUGCGGGGUGUGCGGCCGCCGUACCUGCUGCGCCUCUACUGCUACCUGCGUGGAGCCAGCAAAGACGGCACGAACCCGCAACUUCAAGCUGCGUUGUGCGCCGGACCGGUUGUGGCGCUCCUCGGUGCGUGGCUUCUUGUGUUUCUCUACUACGCUUUCUUUGUCUACUUGGAUCACCGGGACAAGGACGUGGGUCUGAAGCGGCACAACGACACACGUUGGAACCGACUCGUGAACUGGUGCAAAUUUCGCCUUUAUCGAAGGUAUGUGAACUGCCAAUGCUACCUGUGGAAGCGGUACUUCUCGCUGCAGCUCGUGCCGGCGUACGGGCCUCUGCCGCUGUUUCUCUUCCCCGACGGACAAGAAGAGCCGUUCCUCUCCCACGAGAACUCGAACUCGAAGACGGACGCUGCACGCUCUUCUUCUGGCGGGGAAGGUGGUGCGGCCGGCACACCGUCACAUCACUUCGCCGCCGCCACCGCGAGUGCGCGGCACAACCCAUUUUUUGUCGCCGUCCGCAGCAGCACCAACAACACGGGAGAAAACACGCCCCUCGACAUGCCGCCGUUGCUGCCGUCGUCGUCUUCCAUCGUUGCCCCUGUACUGCCCACUGCUUGCACCGCCGCCAACGUCAACGGACGUCACGGUGGUCUACCAGGCAAGAAGCAGAAGGCUUUCCUGUCAUCAAAAGCUACAGAGGAAGAAAACGAAGAGGUCAGCGGCGGGGAUGACUGGGAUGCGGAGGAGCGCGGGCUUCUGCGCCGUCGUAGCGAUGCGGACGGGGCAGGGCCAACGCAGCCGCCCCCCGCUGACGAUCUCACCGGGCUCGCGGACGCGGAUGCCGUGCCAACAAGAGGGCCGUCGGAGUCCUUCUCGUCUGCGGAACUGACAAAGGCGUUGUCCGCGCCUCCCUCACCUCCACCUCCCCCACCACCAAUGCGUCGCGCUCAGUACUUCUUUGCAGCUCACCCGCACGGCAUCAUUCCGUGGUGCUGUUGUGUGAAUCUGAUCAGCAACGUCACACAGCGCAACGCGAAGCUGUUUGUGGACAACCGCGAGGCCGUCGUGCACCCCGCGUGCGCCGACACCGGGGCGUCCACGUCCAGCCAAGAAAUGAGUUCGAUCGCGUUGACGUCAGCGUCGAGCGGCGUCUCCUCUCCAACGUGUGUGCGUUUGCGCACGGCGAACACGUUCACAACGAGCGACGCCCGCGCCACGGCGACGCGCCCGUCACCAACGGAAUCGCGACAACGGAAUGCGAACUCCGCUUCGCCGCGGAACGCCUCGAACUCGACCACCACAAGCUACGCUAAAGGCCGAUAUUACGUCUACGACGUCGUGUCGAAACGGUUCGUGCUUCGUCUUGACAAGGACGAGGCGGUGCCGGCGAGUGCCGCCGAUGCGGUAGUCUAUCAGCAGCGUCUUCAAGCCGCAGAAGAGAAGGACGCCACAAAGCAGAGGGCACCUGGCGCAGGCGGAGCUGCAUCGUCGCGCCGUCGCCGACUGACAAUUCGCAUACGUGCCGUGGUCGCGACCUUUCCCUUUUACGUUCCGAUUAUGCGGGAGAUCUACAUGUUUUACGGAUACAUGGAUGCCUCGUACGAGACGUGCAAGCGCGUGCUGCUGUACAACAACAGCACGCGCCGUGAGCGGGAAGGAAUGGCCUGUGCGCCGCCCACGCAUGCGCAUGGAGACAGCGGGGGAGAAGAAGGCGAGGACGACGACGACGACGAGAGCACGUUGCCAGACGAUCUGAACCAUCUCAUGUUGUUUCCGGGUGGGGCCUCGGAGGCGCUCCUCUCGUCCAGCCACGGCCCCGCCAGAGUGCUGCUGCGCAGACGCAAAGGCUUUUUGCGACUCGUCCUGCACACACGAAGUGGGCUGGUGCCGGUGUACACCUUCGGCGAAACGGACUACUUUGACCAGUUCAGCACUGCCACCACGCGCUACGCCGCCCCGCUUGACGACGACUCCACGUUCUUCUCACACGAGGAGUCUGCGCCCCAAGCAGCAGGGAGUACGUCUAUGCCUGCGGCUACGCACAACGGGACAGAUAGCGUCCCACCACAGCCACAUCGCAGCACGUCGGCCAGCCACCACGGCAACGUCGUUUCCAGUCGCACGGAUGCGGAGGACGUGGCAAAUUCUAGCGACCACCGUUCCCCUCCAUCGACUCGGCACGACGCGUUCCCCCUCUCCCCAACUCCCUCCCCCACCCCCACUUCCGCGCAGAGAGAAACGCAGCAGAGCCGCAUGAGAACGCUGGAGAGGCGGCUGCUUCGCGAUGAGGAGGACGCACGCGAUCGCGAAGGGCGCCUUCCUCGAUCGCCAGCACCACCGCUGCCAGCGGAGCUGCAGAGGUCGAAGGAACAGCCGACCGGUGCGUCGCCCACCACCGCCGCUGUUCCUUCUACUCCUUCGACUCCCCCGUCUCCUCCCCCCUCAGCCGCAGCGCACGAGUCGGCAACGCGUUCGUCACCCGCGGCUGGUCGGGUGCCGCGUCUUAUCCAAGUCGUCCAGCGUCUUUUCCAAGAAACGUUCGGCAUCUCGCUGCCCGUAGUGCGCAACAUCAUCCCGCACCGCGUCACCGGCGCCACCGUUGUCGGGCGUCCGAUUUAUUUUGAGCUCCCGCCUGACUUGCAGCGCAUGUACACUGACCCAGCGAACUACUAUGACCGCGACAAGGAGCGGGCAGUGUUGAUAGCGGCGCAGGAGGUGUACUUCAACGAAUUGCAAGAUCUCUUUCUCAAGUACGCGCCGCGCUACCUGAAAGAUCCGAGUCGCCGGAAGCUCGAGAUUCUGUGA